GACAGUACGAGGCUCCCUGUCUCUCUCUCUCUCUCUCUCUCUCUCGCCGCUUCCGAGCUCUCUCUAUGCUCAAAAGAAAAGGGGUGAGAGACGGAGUUAUAGAGAGAGUUUAAGGCUGAGGAUAAACGAUUGUCGGAGAAGGGCGAGUGAGAGUGAGAAAUUUAGGGGUUUUCUUGAGGGAUUUGAAGUGGCUUCGCCGAAUUAGGAUUUUUCGUGUUUUGAAGGGGAUCUGAUAGGGUUGGAUCUGGAGGCGUUCGGGGUUUCAGUUUAGGGUUUACGAUGGGUUGAGUUGGUCGGAUCAUCGGUGUCUGUGGCAAUUGACGAGUUGCGCUGGGUGCUGGUGAGUUCGGUGUGGUUUGAUGGCGUCGUCGGAGGUGUCGGUGAAGGGUAGUAGAGGACGAGGGGAGGGCUUGCCGUCGGGGUGCAGCGAGCCGCACGAGGCAGCCCCUAUGAGGGAUGACGAUGAAGAAAGGAGCCUGGGGCUCUCCGGCGGCGCAGCCGUCCGAAAAGAUUCGGAGGAUGCGUUGUACACGGAACUAUGGCAUGCUUGCGCCGGCCCUCUGGUGACGAUUCCCAGAAUAGGGGAGAAGGUCUUCUACUUCCCGCAGGGGCAUGUGGAGCAGGUAGAAGCCUCAACGAAUCAGGUAGCAGACCAGCAGAUGCCGGUCUAUAACCUUCCAUGGAAGAUCCUUUGCCGGGUUAUGAAUGUCGACCUGAAGGCCGAGCCGGACACUGACGAGGUAUAUGCUCAGAUAACGUUGCUUCCGGAUCCAAAGGACGAGAAUACCGUGACACUUGCACCGCCACCGCCACCGCCACCGCCACGGCCUCAUGUGUAUUCCUUCUGCAAGACGCUGACCGCGUCGGACACGAGCACUCACGGUGGAUUCUCAGUGCUAAGACGGCAUGCUGAUGAGUGCCUUCCUCCACUGGAUAUGAGUCAGCAGCCGCCUAGUCAAGAGUUGGUGGCCAAGGAUUUGCAUGGAGUGGAAUGGCAUUUCCGACACAUCUUUCGCGGUCAACCACGAAGACACCUGCUUCAAAGUGGAUGGAGUGUUUUUGUUAGUUCUAAAAGGCUUGUUGCUCGGGAUGCUUUCAUCUUUCUAAGAGGGGAAAACAGCGAACUGCGUGUUGGUGUGAGACGUGCACUGAGACAGCAGACUAAUGUUCCAUCCUCGGUCAUAUCCAGUCACAGUAUGCACUUGGGUGUCCUUGCUACGGCAUGGCAUGCUGUCAACACUGGAACCAUGUUUACUGUUUACUACAAACCACGGAUGUGUCCAACUGAAUUCAUUGUUCCUUUUGAUCAUGUGGAUUCUAUCAAGAGCAACCAUUCUAUAGGGAUGAGGUUCAAAAUGAGAUUUGAAGGUGAAGAAACCCCAGAACAGAGGUUCACCGGCACCAUUGUUGGCAUAGGAGAUGCUGAUCCAAGCAGGUGGACUGGAUCAAAAUGGAGAUGCCUCAAGGUACGAUGGGAUGAGGCCUCUUUGAUUCCUCGUCCAGAAAGGGUGUCUCCAUGGAAAAUCGAACCUGUUCUGACACCUCCACCCAACCCUGGUCCUAUGCCUAGGCCAAAAAGGCCUCGGACAAGUAAUGUUCCUUCUUCCCCUGAUUCAUCCGUUCUAACAAAAGAAGCUGCUUCCAAAGCAGACCCUUGCCAAUCCCAUGAAGUCUCAAGGGUCUUGCAAGGUCAGGACAUGAUGGCCUUUAGAAGUACUUUUGCAGAUAGCAAUGAGUCAGAUACUACUCAAAAGCCUAUCAUGUGGUUGGUGCGUGAUGAAAAGAUAAAUGAUGUUUCUGCUCUGAGAAGAUUAGUAUCAGAGAGGUGGAUGCACACAAAGAUGCAUGAACAAACAUACACUGAUAUAUUAUCAGGUUUCCAACCUGGUGAUUCUAGUGGGUUUCACUCACCAGGUGAUAAAAAUCUUUUGAAGUCUCAUUUCCAAGAUCAAGGAGCCAAACAUAACUGUUCUCCUGGCUCACGGUCUUUGAUGCCUCCAAAUUCAAAUUUUAGUAUUGGUGAAUGCAACCUGAAGAUGACUCGUGUUGUUGAGUUGUCUUAUCAGAAACUUGGAAGUUAUAGAUAUGACAUGCAGGGAGUUCAUACUGAACUGCAGGAAUUAGGAGGUGAUCGGCACUCAGAAAAUUGGCUACCACGGUUUCUGCAAGAUUCUCGAACAGAGAACAUGCCACAAACUAGGGUCGUGAAACCUCAACCACUAGCACCAUCCCAGAAUGAUGUGGUGAAGUCCAAAGGAAAUAGCGGUUGCAAGUUAUUUGGGUUUCACUUAAACAGCAAACCUGUAACAUCUGUUAGUACCACACUGACAAAUGGUGAUACAGAGAAACCUAAUCAGGUUUGUCAACAGGCUCCUAAAGAUGUUCAGAACAAACUGCAAGGUGGUUCAACCAGGAGUUGCACCAAGGUGCAUAAGCAAGGUAUUGCACUUGGUAGGUCUGUUGAUCUUUCCAAGUUCAGUGGUUAUGAUGAACUGAUUGCUGAACUAGAUCAAAUAUUUGAUUUUAAGGGUGCACUACUUGCUCCCAACAAGAACUGGCUUGUUGUAUACACUGACAAUGAAGGUGAUAUGAUGCUUGUCGGAGAUGAUCCCUGGAAUGAAUUCUGUAACAUGGUUCGUAAGAUUUAUAUCUACACUCGAGAGGAGGUCCAGAGUAUGAACCCAGGAACAUUAAAUUCUAGACUCGAAGAGAGUCCAGCCACUUCAGAAGAAAAUAGUUCUGGCAAAGAAACAAACGGCCCUGUGCAUGGUACUAAUCGUGAGAAUUCUGAGGGCUGUGCUGAGUUGUCACGGUCUCUUGAAGAUGUGAAGCCAAAAAAGUUGGACGUAGCUUUCUGUGAUGGUUCCAACAUAUGAGAUACUUUCUUAUUCCUACAGUUUUGAUGGUAUUGUAAUUUUUUGCUCUCAAAGUCUCUUGUGAUAUAUAUGUAUAUAUGCUGGAUGGCACCUACCUUGUAAAUAGCUUGUCAGAUUAUAGUUGUAAGUCUAACUUAUAUAUAUCCAUUUGCCCCUUCUGUGCAAUCAUUCUAAAAAGAACAAGCUUGUAAACUCUGCCUGGUUCAAUCAGAAUUCUACCAAGUACUAAAGCGGUUGUUCCUGCA